AUGAAACCUGCCGUAACCUUUGCCGGUGUGCUGGGAUUGGAGUUCCUGCUGCUGCUGCUGCUGGUUGUAACGCAUGCCCACACGCAACAAUCCCUGCCGGAUGUGGCUAGUGCGCAGGAUUCGGUUCUCCCGCCACAUGCCGCACCCACCCUGGACGCCACCGAACCGGCGGGACAUAAGGAUGAUUCGCAGCAGCAGCAUCCUCCGGCGGACGACGCUAAAACGGACGUCCACGCUGGAAACAGCGUAGUUGUGAACUGGAAGCUGGCCUGCAAACAGCUCUGCAGUGCAGGGCUGGGCGGUCCCAGCUGCGGGUCAAUAUGGCUACGCACCACCACUACCGACCCGGACACACUAUCCUUGGAUAAGAAAACCCUGGAUGGGGUCUGUCCAGCGCUGUGUGCUAAUGGCUUAGGUGUUUCCAAAUGUGACUGCAAAAGUUACCAGCCGAAGGUGCAGUUCAAUCAAAACCUCGUCUGCGGGGCGUUCUGUACCGUGGCCAGCAAGCAGCUGGCCGGCUGCAGCAGCUGCGAAGGCAUUGACCCCAACCAAGGCACCUUGGGAGCGUUCCAGCAAGCCUACGAAACGACAACACCGAACUGGGACGAGCUCUGUUCAAUGUUUUGCAAGAUGGGAGACGGCGGAACACUGUGCAACUGUGAUUUGCCGCCGUUCUUCUAG